CGUCUGAAUUGCAUCAUUGGUUGAGACUUCAUUCCUAAUUCCGUCUUAGCUGCGUGGGUGCUGAUCCCCACCCUCUGACACCUGCAGCUUGAAGUGGUGAUAGCUGAAACUUUAGAUAUUGGAAUGCGCUCUACCCGGACCAAAGUUUCCAAGAUGAUCCCCUUCUAUUCGAAAGUAGCCUGCAACAGUCACAAUAGAGAAGGCCGACAGAACCUUUGCAGCUUGAACACUAAUGGCAUAGUCAUGCACCAUCUGCCAUCAACAGUGCGGUAUAUAUGUUCUGCUGCAAGCCCUGAACUCGUCGGCAAAAACUUCCCCUCUUUCAAGCGUUCGCACUCCUCAACGGAAAAUAAAUUUUGGAGGCCAUGGACACUCACCCAAAGAUGAUAUACCUCCCAGACACCAUGCUCAACUGGCCCUGGCCUCGUACCAUCAAUCCGCAUUUUGAAGAUGUGAAAGCUGAAGUCGGUGCUUCGUUCCGUGAUUUCAAGGCUCUGAGUCCUGAGUCACAGGAAGCAUUCGACAAAUGUGAUUUUGAACACAUUCGAAUCGGCUGUGAAUUAAUGAAUGUUUUCUUCCUGUUGGAGGAAUACACCGACAACGAAAAUGGGGCAGUCACCAAAGAUAUGGUGGACCUCGUGAUAGACGCCUUGAACAAUCCUCGGAAGAUACGACCUGAAGGCGAAUGCAUUCUCGGUGAAAUUGCGCGACAAUUUUGGGCUCGUGCCAUCCAGACCGCAAGCCUGUCUUCUCAACGUCACUUCCUUGAAACCUUUACCGCAUACCUUCGCGCAGUAGUUGUCGAGGCUCUUGAUCGCGAACAAGGUCAUAGGCGCAGUAUCGAUGACUACCUCAAGCUCCGGCGGCUUACUAUUGGCGCAAAACCGUCUUUCACAAUAUGUGAAAUGGGGAUGGAUCUUCCUGAUGAAAUAUUCUACCAUCCCGUCAUUGUGGAACUCGCUGAAUGCAGCACAGACUUGAUUAUAAUCGGCAAUGACAUGGUUUCGUACAAUAAAGAGCAAGCAGCUGGAAAUGGAGACCAUAACUUGAUCAGCACUGUCAUGCUGGAACUCGGCCUCGACAGUGGCGGCGCGAUAGCUUGGGCAGCACACCAUCACGCUGAACUUCAGAAACGAUUUAUCGACGGUCUUGCAAAGGUCCCUUCAUGGGGGCCUUCCGUCGACGUCCUAGUCAAGGAGUAUCUUGACGGGAUAGCAAUCUGGCCUCGAGCGGACACUUGUUGGAGUUACGAAGGUCAAAGGUACUUUGGCACCAGAGGCUUGGAAAUACAGCAAACUAGACUUGUCCAGCUAUUGCCAAAGGCCGAACGCAAAGCAGCGUGAACAGAUAUACAGGUCCUUCCAUAGAAUUUGGCGCUAGUUUUUCUCUCGCGCAUUUGAUUGCGAUAUGUUACAAUGCUUCUCACUCGGUCGCUCAUGGAUGCCACUCUUGUUCUCACAUUUCUCUAUCUUUCAGUCGACUAUCACUUACUGUGAUAUUGUAGUAGCCAUAAUCAUACAGUUCCCAAUUUUUAUAUGUGCUUGUAGCUCUGUUCUUUCGAAUUCAAUAUCUACCAAGUUUUGCGAUCAAA